AACCAUUUGCUCUACAUGGAUAAUCUGAAGCUUUUUGUUAUCAUACAAAGUGCACUAGGAAUUGAUAAAAGAGAGUCGUUUUCAAGUAGAGACAUUGUACGAUUCUCGACCUGUAAUUCGAAAAGGAAUUUUGGUCCCAAGCAGCAAAUGUGUGAUGCUGCUUAUAAAGACACUAAACUGGAUUCAAUUACUAUACAUCCGUCAAUGCCAGGCGUUCAAGUUUGGACUGUUCCCAGAACUGGAGAAUACAGUAUUUUGGCUCUUGGUGCUGAAGGUGGCAGGGCAAUAGCUCCACUACACCAGUCACGUGAAGCGAAGCAGUUAGCUCCAUAUGCGAUGGCGUACUUUCAUCUAUCUGAAGGUACAAAACUCAAUAUCUUGAUCGGUCAGAAAGGUCAAGACGCUUGUUCCUCUGGUGAUUGUCAGAUAUCCCAAGGUGAAAAUGUGGAAGAAAACUGGGGAGGUGGAGGCGGUGGUGGUGGAACGUUUAUUUUUAUGGUGGAUGAUGACACGAAUGAAACCAUUCCAUUGAUAAUAGCUGGUGGCGGCGGUGGCAUUGGUGUUGGUCCCUUCCAGAAAGAUCCGUCUGUCUUAUAUUCGGAUAUCGACUUUACUAUUAAUGGAACAAACGGAAAUAUGUCCAUUUCCGGUGCUGGUGCUGGUGGUGGUUGGAGUGGUGAGACAUACUCGCCACUUGCAGGAAUGUCUUUAUUAAAUGGCAGCAUUGGAGGAACAGGAUGCCCCGGACCAAACGGACGUCACCAUGCCGCCGGUGGAUUUGGAGGAGGAGGCGGAGCUUGUCGUGGAGGAGGUGGUGGUGGAGGCUACAAAGGCGGUAAUGGUGGCAGCUCUUCAGGAAGCAACGGGCAGGAUGGUUCUUCUUAUAUUAACCGCGCAUCUACAGUAUACGUUUUUGAACCAAACUUGCACAGUGGAGAUGGUGAAGUAGAAAUUUACGAAUAUUUUCCUUGUGCUUGUGAGGAAUACUGCAUCGUCGAAGACAGUGUGAACCGUACCUAUACCUGCAAGUGUCAGAAUGAUAAAACUUUGAUGCCUGAUAAACAUACCUGUUCAGCGGCAGUUUCCCUAACACCACAAAAAGAAGACGAGAGUAAUAAACAAUUAAUCAUGGUACUUGGAAGCCUGGCUUCUGUCAUCGUUAUCAUUAUUUCAUGUUGCGUCUACUGUGUGUUAAGGCGACGUUUGCAUCCUGUGAUGUUGGAGAACUGUGCAGUCUCGAAAACCACACCCAAUCAUAUCAACCGCAUUGUAAUGCAGAUCAACGAAUCGUACACAGCGUUGAGUUUUUCCAACCCGGAUAUGGAGAUCAACCAAAUCCCACGGGCACAAAUAAAAUGUAUCCGACAUAUUGGUCGAGGUGCAUUCGGUGAAGUGUUUCAAGGAAUAAUAUUACCAAAUAAUAGAGAACAGUUACCACCAAAAGUGGCUAUAAAGACAUUACCAGCCAUUUAUACAGAAGAACUUGAAAUCGAUUUUGUGAUGGAGGCAGUAAUUAUGAGUAAGUUUGAACAUCCGAAUAUUGUCAAGUUCUUGGGUGUUUGUUUUGAUAAUGUUCGACCACAUUACAUCAUUUUAGAGCUCCUGGAAGGAGGAAGUUUAAAGGAGUUUCUCUUUGAGUCCAGACCAAAGACUAAUGAACCUUCGCGUGUGAGUGUUCUUCAAAUGGUCAAAAUUGCGACUGAUAUUGCCAAGGGAUGUCAAUAUUUAGAAGAACAACAUUUUAUACACAGGGAUAUUGCUGCCAGAAACUGUCUUCUCACAACGAAAGACCCUGUUGGUGUGGCGAAAAUUGCGGAUUUUGGGAUGGCGCGUGAUGUUUAUAGGUCUAACUACUAUCGAAAAACUAAUAAAGGAUUGUUGCCAGUUAAAUGGAUGCCACCAGAAGCGUAUUUGGAUGGAAUUUUUACAAGUAAAUCUGAUGUCUGGGCCUAUGGUAUCACAUUGUGGGAGAUAUUUUCAAUGGCCAGCGAUCCAUAUCCUGGAAAAGUAAACCAAGAAGUCAUGCAAUUUGUCUUAGAUGGGGGAAGAUUGCCUGCACCCGAGAAUUGUCCUUUGUCUAUAUCUUACAUAAUGACCUGCACUUGGGACUCUAAUCCAGAUGCACGACCGUCGUUCGCAACCAUCGUUCAUAAACUCCAAUACUGCUAUGAGGACCCGAACACGGCAACUUAUACUUUACCGACGUUCACAUACAACCUUUCAAAAGAAACUUUUGUUGAGCUUCCCGAUCUACAAGAGAACUCCCUUUCUAAAAGAGACACUAAGAAAUGUUCUCAUCCUUCUUUGUUUUCUGAAUCACUUUCUGAAAUAUCCGAACAACAUUCAUCGAACAGACAGAUUAACAAUGACAGUAACGAACUCAGUUCUUGCUCGGAUGACAACUACAAGAAUUCUACUAAAGAGGCCCACCAAGAUAUUAACGCAGAACAAUGUAAUCAUAAAGGUAACCGCCAUGUUCCUGGAAUACGUUCUUAUAUCAAUUAUUUGUACAUGAACCAAGAAUUACCAGACCCUAAGAAUGAGAAUAUCUCACAGUUUGACUCCAGAGAAAAUACUACUGAAAACCAAGCAGAUAAGAAUUCUGAUAACAACCUUCUUCACAGUCAGCAUAAUCAUAAUCAUCAUCCUACGACUACUUCUUUUCCAUCUCCUACUCCUACCCCUCAUACUGAUAAUCAUCAUUAUCAUCUCCAACCGCAACUACAAGACAGUCCACGUCAAUCAAAUCCACAAAGCCAGCAACAAAGCCGCACUAGAAGCAGUAGUAACAACAUUAACAAUCACAAUAACAACAGUCACUAUCAACAACAACAACCAAAUAUGCUGGAGUUAAUGCAACAUGAUAGUCUUACUAAAACGUCCGAUUUUCAAAAUGAGGAAGAUAAAACAAACUGUCGGAAACAACAACAAAUACAACCGCAGCAACAGCAACAACAACAACAACAACAACAACAGGAGUUACAGCUACAGCAGCAGCUGCAAAACUUAAUUGGCCAAGAAGACGAUUUGAAUAAUAAACAACAAAAUAAAGAACCACCCCAACAACAGCUUGAACAACUUGAAGAAACUGAAGAAUAUGACCGUUAUAAUGAUGAUUCUUUCUCUUUGUCACCUACAAAGGUACCAUUACUUUCAUCCACAGACUCUGAUGUAAGUAAUUAUGAAAACGAUAGCUUUCCUAAGAAUUCACGCUGCAAAAGUCUCCGAAAAUCAUCGCAAAAUUCAAACUAUAUUCCGAUGAGAAAGAUACAGGAUAGCCCAACCGAAUCAAAGUACAGCAAUUUUGAUACAAACUCUAUUUAAUUAAUCAAGUCGUAGAUAAAAGCGAUUCUAGCAGUUCAAACUGAAAUAACUGCAUUGAUUAGAAAUCGGUUUAUCAACGAAAUAUAUUACAACUGGGUGUCAUUUCUAAAAACAAGGAAAAGAAAAAGAAAGAAAAAAAGCUGAAAAAAUUAAAGACUUUUAAAGCGGCGGGGAAUAUAGUAUUGUUGUUGUUAUUGUUAUUACUAUGACCAUGUUAGAAAUUAAUAUUUUAUGUAUUGUUAAAAAAUCAUUAUUAUUGUUAUUAAUACAUGAUUACAUCUUUUUGUUAAAAAAGCGAAACGUGUCCACUAAUGAAAAGAUAACAAUCAAUGAAAGAAAUCGAAAGUGAGAUAAAAAGCCGGAAACACAAAUCACAUUUCUUCAUUGAAAGCUCAAAGUAAUAACCAAUCUAUUGUGUGUUCUCAACAAGCAUAUACCUCCUACGUCAGCAUCUUCAUUCCAGUAUGCAUCAAACUUUAUGAAACCGUUUUGUAUCCUAACCAUUCGUGACUUGCCUCUAUUUUGCUUCGGCUUUAAUUAGUUCUAACACAAUGAUGAGUCUAGUGAUCUUCAGCCACGUCAGUCAUGUCACUUUAAAGAAACCUAUCUGUAGUUUAUUUUAUGAUCUAUAAUCAACAAAUUAAAUUGUAUUAUUAUCA